AUGGGGGAACUCGUUGUGAAUAUGGGUCCAACGACCUUCAUGUGUAUCCUCUACGUCAUAUUAGGAUUUGUUUCUAUGUUCUGUAAUAUUCUGAACCUAUCGAUAUGGUUAACAAAUCGUGAGCUAAGGCAGAAAUACGUGUAUUUGAUUGCUCUCGACGCUGGUGAACUCGUUAACGCCAUCAGCUACAUACUUGUCGGAUCGGGCCGGGGACUAGCGCUGAUUGGCGGCUAUCUAACAACACAUAUUACUGUGCGACAGUGUUUCUUCCAUGUAAGUUCUAUUCUUGAUAAAAUUCCAUUUACAGCUAGCGGAGGCUUAAAAAGUUAA